AUGCCCGGGCUGCGCGGCUGCCUCUGCUUGGUGGCCGCCCUGCUGGGGCUGUCGGGGGCCAGCCGCAACUGCCCGGACCUGGCCGUGGACAGCUGCCUGUGCGCCGCCGAGCGCUCCAAGGGCCCCGGCCGCCACCCCGUCCGCGUCAAAGUGGUCUGCAGCGGCGGGGAGUUGGGGGAAACUUUGCCGCCCGCCCUGCUCCCCGACCGGACCGUGUCCCUCAUCUUGAGUAAUAACAAGAUCUUAUGGUUAAAGAACAACUCUUUCAUUGGACUGAGAUUCCUGGAGAGACUAGAUCUGAAGAAUAACUUGAUUAGUACUAUUGAGCCUGGGGCCUUCUAUGGACUUUCAGAACUGAAGCGUCUGGAUCUUUCUAAUAAUAGAAUUGGUUGCUUAACACCUGACAUAUUUGUAGGCCUUAAAAAUCUUCACAAAUUGAAUUUAUCAGGGAACAUUUUUUCAAGUCUCAUGAAUGGACUUUUUUCUGAGCUCUUAACUUUGAAAGCCUUACAUUUCUACACUGAUUCACUGAUCUGUGAUUGCAAUCUCAAAUGGGUCUUACACUGGGCUAGAAAUGCCUCAGUUCGGAUCUCAGAAGAAACAGUUUGUGCAUAUCCCAGGAGUUUACAAGGAGCCGUAUUUCGGAACCUGAAGGAAAAUCAGCUAAUAUGUGCUGGGCCUUUGGAGCUGCCUCUCUUUGAACUGAUACCAUCACAGAGACAGGUGGUUUUUCAUGGUGAUCGCUUGCCAUUCCAGUGUACAGCAACGUUCCUUGAUAACACAACACAGGUUCAUUGGUAUCACGAUGGUCACCUGGUUGAAACGGAUGAUGAGAGAGGCAUGUUUGUGGAAGACAGUAUAACACAUGACUGUUGUUUAAUUACACGUGAACUUGUCUUGUCGAGCAUUGAUACUGAUGCAACAGGAAUGUGGGAAUGUAUGGUCAACAACUCCUACGGAAGUAUCUCCAAGCAAGUAGAGAUUGUGGUACUGGAAACAGCUGCCCCCUACUGUCCGGCUGAAAGGAUAAUUAACAAUAAAGGAGAUUUCAGGUGGCCCAAGACUCUGGCAGGAAUAAUUGCUUACCACUCAUGUCUCCAGUAUUCACUCAAUUCAGUUUCCCUUCUGAAUGGAGCAGAAAAGCCAAAAGCAUGGCGUAAGUGUAAUCGCACUGGUCGGUGGGCUGAAGAAAGCUAUUCUGAAUGUCCUUAUUCUCAAGAAGCAACUCAAGUCCUUCAUGGCUUUAGUCAGAUGCAUCUUAAUGCCACCAACGCACUUGAAUUUUCACACCAGCUUGCAGCCUACACAAGAGGUGCGGCCAAGUUUGCAGAUAAGAUGGAUGUUAUCUAUUUGGCUUACAUGCUGGAAAAGCUAGCAGCAUAUGUGGAUGAAAUCCAAGAUCUUUCUGAUGCUAUAGUUGAAAUUGCCAGCAAUAUAAUGCUGGUAAAUGACCAUGCGCUGUGGAUGGCACAAAAGGAAGAUAAAGCUUGUACUAGGAUUGUACAGUGUGUGGAGCGCCUUGCAAAUCAAACACUGACCAGUAAUACACAAGCUAUGGCAAAGGUUUCUCUUAAUAUUGCUCUGGAGACAUUUGUGAUCAAACCAUCUAGCUUUGUGGGGAUGACUUGUACUGCCUUCCAGAAAAUAUCUGCAAAUUUAGACAGGUCACCGACCCAUGACCCAGGGAGCGGGGACCCAGAGCAACAUUUGAAUUUUAAGUGCAAUGCUGGCAGUCAUCGCGGCUCUGUAGUGAAUUUCUCUACAAUGAACACUGUGGCAGUAGCUUCAGUUUAUUUGCCGUGGUCUGCCUUCUCUCCGUCUUCAGCCUUGCAAUCUGUUGAUAACUCCUCUUGCAAGCUACAGUUUAUUGCCUUUCGGAAUGGAAAACUCUUUCCUAGCACUGGCAACUCAUCUCACCUUGCAGAUUAUGGGAACUACAGGACGAUUGGAACGCCAGUUGUCUUCAUAAAUAUAGAUGGGUGCAGUAUCGGAAACCUCACCAGCCCUCUUACCAUUGCACUGAAGCACUUUACACAGGGCAUAAACCCCAUUGCAGUCUUCUGGGAUUUUGACCUUCUAGAUGGACAUGGAGGCUGGUGGGGAGAAGGGUGCCACAUAAUUAACUCGGCAGACAAUAUUACCACCCUUCAUAGUACUCACUUCGGUAACUUUGCAGUGCUAAUGGAUCUGAAGACAGUGUUGACCCUUCCCCAGUACCCUGGGGAGUUCCUGCACCCUGUGGUCUAUGCAUGUACCGCUGUCAUGCUGUUGUGCCUGUUUGCUUCAAUUAUCACCUAUAUUGUGCAUCACAGCACCAUUCGAAUCAGCAGAAAAGGCUGGCACAUGCUCAUCAACUUCUGUUUCCAUUCUGCUCUCACUUUUGCUGUUUUCGCUGGUGGAAUAAAUCGUGUAAAAUAUCCAAUUGUCUGUCAAGGGGUUGGCAUAGUAUUACAUUAUUCUACACUCUCUACAAUGCUGUGGAUUGGAGUGACUGCAAGGAAUAUAUAUAAGCAAGUCACAAAAAAGCCUCAGACUUCCCCAAACAGUGACCAGCCUUCUUAUCCAAAACAGCCAUUGCUCAGGUUUUAUCUGAUUAGUGGAGGUGUUCCAUUUAUUAUUUGUGGGAUUACAGCAGCAACCAACAUCAAUAAUUAUGGCAUAGAAGGCAAAGCGGAUACCCAAUAUUGUUGGAUGGCAUGGGAGCCAAGUCUUGGUGCAGUUUAUGGACCCGUUGCGUUCAUCAUCCUGGUCACCUGCAUUUAUUUCCUGUGCACAUAUGUGCAGUUGAGGCGGCACCCAGAACGAAAAUACGAACUGAAGGAAAGGACAGAAGAUCAGCAGAGGCUAGCAAGUCCUGAGGUUGGCCACAGUCACAUUACAGAUGCCGGCUCGGUCUCACAAGCGACAUGCUCAAUGAUUUCCUCUUCCUUGCUGGAAAAUGAGCAUUCGUUUAAGGCUCAGCUUCGAGCUGCUGCGUUCACUUUGUUCCUGUUUACUGCCACCUGGACCUUUGGCGCACUUGCUGUUUCCCAAGGACAUUUCUUGGAUAUGAUCUUUAGCUGUCUAUACGGAGCAUUUUGUGUGACCUUAGGGCUCUUUAUUCUGAUUCAUCACUGUGCAAAGCGAGACGACGUGUGGCAUUGUUGGUGGUCCUGCUGCCCGUCUAGAAGAAACACAUACUCAGUGCAAGUUAACGUCCGGCCAAAGGUUAAUGUCAAUGGAGAAAACCAGGUUCAUGCGCCAUGUCUCCAAGAGUCACCUUGUCCUACUAAGUCGGCUGUUUUUAAUCAUCCGGCUGCCAGUCACUGCAAACUCACUAAUCUCCAGGCAGUGCAAAACCACGUCAACUGCCUUUCUCCAGUGACACCAUGCUGCGCAAAAAUGCACUGUGAUCAACUCCUGGAAGAUGACGCUCAUAUCCAUGUACACAACGAGGGGACUUUCAGACCCAACAUGCACAUUCACAGAUGUCUGAAAAGCAGAACUAAGCCACGCUACUUCAGCCGACACCGAUCCGCAGGAGACAGAGAGUACGCUUACCACAUUCCUUCCAGUAUCGACGGCAGCAUCCACAGCUCACACACAGACAGUCCUCACAGCACGCACGACAGUCAGUCGGGGCACAGGCGGCCGUGUUGUGCAAAAAAUGAUCCGUACCCUACCCUCAGCCAGCCUGAAAGCAGCGACAUGAGUACUGUGAUCUACAGCUGUGCCCAAGUGCCCGAAAGUGACUCGGUACACCAUGCAGCUCAUUUCGAGAUGCAUCCUCGGACACAGUCCUUGCCCUUUAGCGCAACCAGCCCCAACGGGAUUCUAAAGGGGACCAUGCACGAAGCCAUGAUCUACGGUUCCGAUAGUACAGGAAAUAUCAAAACUGGCCCCUGGAAGAAUGAAACUACUGUGUAGUUGGCUGGCCGCUCUUGUCCUCUCGCGGCUCAAAUCAUCUAAAUCUUUG